UUGCCACGGUCGAGCCUCGCUCCACCCGCAAGCUGACGGUGACAUGGACAUCCCGAGGAUCGCUGGCCGACUCCAGCGGCGGCCUUGCGUCCUACCAGCCGAGCCGCGCUGGCUGGUUCGAGGAGAAGCUGAGCUGUGUAAGAUGAUAAAACCGAAAGCACGACUGCCUAGUUGCCAUUAGCCUCGUUUCCUCCGACCAAAUCGAGAGCCAUCCACCGUUGCAUCCUUCGAGCUCUAGUUGGACCGUCGUCUCCGCUGUUGGUCAAUUCUUCUUGAACGUCAGCCUGAUCUUGUCGGCCUAACUCCGAGAACCAGUAGUUCUCGCUUCAAGCAGAUCAACCGUCAUGGACAUUAAGGAGGACGCUCGCGUGGUCGUCGAGAAGGGCGCCAUCGCCGACCCUGCUCCUCUGGGUCUGGCAGCCUUCGCGCUGACCACCUACGUCCUCUCGUGCCACAACGCCGGCUGGGCUCCCGACAUCAUCUGGGUCGGCCUCGCGUUCUUCUAUGGCGGCCUCGCGCAGCUGCUGGCCGGCAUGUGGGAGUUCAAGAAGAACAACACCUUCGGCGCCACCGCGUUCUCCACCUACGGUGCCUUCUGGAUGGGCCUAGGUUUCUUCGUUCUUCUCAAGAUACUUGGCUACACCACGAUGCUUCAAGCCAACGACGUUACCGAGGCUCUCGGGUGGUUCCUGUCGGGAUUCUUCAUCUUCAACAGCUACAUGAACGUGUGCGCGCUCAUGGUGAACCAUGCCGUGCUGCUCGUCUUCACGCUGCUCGAGAUCACCCUGCUGCUGCUCUUCGUCGGGAAUUUUAGCAACCAGCAUGCCGGAGAGGGCUGGAUCAAGGCUGGCGGCUACUUCGGCCUCUUCACCGCUAUUGCUGCCUGGUACGCCUCCGGUGCGGCAUGCUUCAACGCCAUGGCGGGCAAGACGGUGCUCUACGUUGGUAAGCCCAUCCUCAAGUUCAACCGGAGCGAGUAAUCAUCAAUUGCCUGGAGGGGCUUACUUGAGCGUUAGGGAUUGGGCGUGACUGUAGGUUGGUUUUCCAGUAGCCAAGGUUCCUGCUUUUGGGAAACGGGAGGUAGUCCUGAAUGGUGGGUGUUGGCAUACUGCUCUGAAACUGUGAGAUUUUAGGGUCAGGGAUUUGUGAUUUAGCUGCUGCUGUGCUGCGGCUUUAGGAGCUCCAUGUGGGCUAGGGCGUGGCUAGGCUGGCAUCUGGCUUCCCUAGAGAAGGUUUGUGGUGUAUGUAUUAUUCAUGUUUAAAAUGACUAAU